AUGGCGUCGAAUAAAUUCUUUACGUGGACGAAAGGCGACAAGAAACAUGUUUCGACAGGCAUGAUUCCAAUACCCAUCGAGUACAUCUCAAUCAAAGGGAUGGAGCAUGGUCGGAAUGUCAAACGCUCCAGCAAAGCAGGACGAAAGCCAAUCCCACUAGACUUCGCGCGGGACUUCGGAUCGAACACAAGCAGCAGAAGCAAUGAUUCCGUCGCGCUCCACGAUGCUGCGAUCAAGUCCGCCACCAGUCUCAUGGCUGUCAUGAACGACAUGCUCAAGUCGCCUCCACUUAACGCUCACUUCCUUUCUGCACAAAAGGCGGAGGAAAGACAGCCCUGGCAUGGAAGACCUCGAUCUAGGACUGCACCGUCGACACCAAUGUAUGAAGCGCCGGGUAUGGAGCCAGCAGAGCUUGAGGGAUCGAUGCCAGCAUGGCCGCAAGAAUAUCAACACAACGGGGGCACUCCCCCGAGACCAUCCCGGGUUUCUGCUGCAUUUCCACGACGCUCUUGCGACAGCUAUUCUCGAAAGUCAGCUAACCGCAAGCCAUCGACUUCACAUACUUCAAACACAAGCGAGGACACUCUUGUGGGGACCGAAAGUGAUGCCUUGCCAUAUAUGACGAAGCGACCAUCUCUCAAUGUCCGUGAGGCAGAGCAGACUCGAUCGAUCAGCAAUGACAACGACACCGCGACGUCUCAGCCCGUCAGCGAGCAGUCCAUCACAGCACCACCAACAUACGACAGCUCUCGCGAAGAACACCAUCGAGCGCAGACGGACGAACUUGUCUCGCAAAUCAUGGCUCUGCGGGCGUCUCACGAUGCACACAUUGCGUCGCUUCAGAAGACACAUGAACGAGAAGUGGCGUCGCACCGGUCUUACAUCGAAAUCCUGGAGAAGCAGCGUGAAAACAUUCCGAAAGUGUCGCAAACUAUCGGAAGCCUUGAAAUUGCUCCAGAAACACACGCGACUACCGAGGUUCAGACCUCAGCGACCAAGUCCGCAACCACAAGCCAACAUGGAAGACCUACCUUCGAUAUUGAGCCACUAGCCUCGUCAGACUCAGCCGUCGGAACGGAAGCCUUGGUACGCGAAUUGUGCCUCGCUCGCAACACACAAGCCGAACAUCGCAAGGCCAAGACUGAGCGAGACAUCCUCCGAGAUUCCAAUAACAGCCACGACCGAGAAAUAUUGCAGCUCCAAGAGAUCAUUCGACAAGCAAAGGACAGCGAGAAGACGAUGCUGGACAAGAUCGCACGUCUCGAAGCAGCGUUGUGUAUGGGCAACCUCGAGAGGACAGAUGUACUGGAAGGACUUUACGAAGCUCGCAAUCGAGCCAAAUCCAUGUCCGAUCAGCAAAAGCUGCUUAUUGAAGAAAGAGAUCAGGCGAGAGACCGGUUGUCGAGUAUUGAUCCAGAGUGGACGGCGAAGACUACGGCAAACACAUCAUCCGGGACUGAAGGUAGCACUAUCUCUCAGCACUCCAUGCAGUCCGUCGCUGUGAUCGAGACUCAGCAGCAGGAGUUGGACGAUCUCCGCCAAAAAGUGGGAGAGAAAGACGCUCGGAUCCGCGAACUCACGAGACUCAAUCUGGACACCACGGGUAUUGAGGAAAACGAGCUCCUCAUCCGACAGCUCGAGGCAUGCCAGAAACAGCUUAGUGGAGUGAAAGCUGAACGAGAGGAGUACAACAACUUGCUCCAUGCCGAACUUCGACGCCAGUCGCAGUCCAUCGCGAUCAAGUUGCACACCGCCACGCCACAGAUCAACGAUGAUGUUCAGGCCAUCGCAUCGCAGAAGUUGCAGAUCAUCCGGACUGAGCUCGACGACCAGUGUCAACUCACAGCAGAACAGCGCUGCGAAUACCUCGAAAAGGAACUUAAGCACUGUAUCCAAGAGAUCGUCCUCUACAAGAUGAAUAUCCGCGGGUACAAGAAAGACCUGAAGAAAGCUCAGGCAAGGGUCCAAAGCUUGCAAGCGCAGCAGGUUGAACGGCCACAGACUCCGAACAGUAUUGACAGCAGUGUCGGCUCGGAUCGGCCGUCGCGGCCUUCACAAGAGUCUGGACUGGGAAUCUCCCUGCCCCGUCAAGCUGAUACCGAUACCCCCACUCGACACUCCGCUCCGCCCCGCCGAACACGACACAGCUCAGCGGCUACCACUCUACACCACCAAGCUCCCACCAAUACUGCCAGUAUAUCCACUCCCAGCCCAGCUCCUCCUCGAAGCGCCAGACUUCCACUAGCAGUCCACAAAGAGCUUCCCGCCACCCCUUCUGUUGAUGCCACCACAGGCUCUUGGCGAACCGAAGGCAAGUCACAGCAGCCAACAAUCACUCGAGCAGAAACCCUCCGCUCUGUUUCCGACUCCAUCAUCUCCUCCUAUGCAAAACGCGGAACGCCCGAGAUGGAGACCGAGAACUUCCCAAUUGUGCUUCCAUUGUCAACGGCGAGAUGGAGGAGUACAGGACCGGCGACGUAUGUGAACUCGGGUGCGGACGUGGGAUACGAAGCUAGACUUGAGGGAGAGGGCAGAGGCGUCAGUGCGAUUGCUGUUCCUGUUCUGAGGUUCAAGAGGGGCACGUUACUUGGACAUGAGAAAUACAUCAGCAAGGGACGUAUGCAUGUCAAGAACACCGCAUUGAUCGACGCUCAGAAAAUCUGA